AUGUCAAAUUCUUCCGCUGCAGAAAGAGCAAGACGGACCUCGGCUAGUUUUAAUUAUGUGGAAAUGCAUAUAGCUUCCUCAGAGCUAAACGACGAGGAAGCUCGUUUAGACGAAGAGGAAAUUCAUUUCGACGAAGAGGAAGCUCGUUUCGACGAAGAGGAAGCUCCUUUAGAGGAGGAGGAGGAGCAAUCAGAAGAAGACGAGCAUACAGGCAUGAAAAAUUACAUUCAAGAUUUAAUAAUCUUUCAAUUCUUUACAUUGAUGCAGCUUAUUUUUUUAGGCUGGCGUAAUAGUGAUAUUCGCAUAGCCGCACUACGCCGCCUAGCUCUUCAACGAAGAUCCAGAAAUGAAGCAUUAUUUGAGAGUCCAAGGCGAAAUGAAAAUUCGUUGCCAUUACCACCAAUUCCUGACCCUAAAGGAGAUGCAUUAUUGAAAUCGGGUGAAUUUGGAUAUAUUGAAAAAUAUGAAAGGCCAGGUUCAUUAGGCCAAUUGCCAUCCUCACGAAAUAUCGUAGAUAAACUUCAAUUCCGCGAAACUUUUCCGGUCCGAGUUUCGCCAAUGUCUGUUGCAAAGAACUUUUAUCCAAACACAAAUGGUUUUGUCGUGGAUUACUAUGAAACACCAGCUUAUUCGGGACAAUAUUCAUUAGAUGGCUCAUUUUUUUAUGCUUGUUGCCGAGAUUUUUGUGUAUAUAUUUAUGACACGACAAAUCCCACAAAAUUCACAUCAACCAAAGUUAUAAAAAGCGACACUGGACGUUGGACCAUUACAGAUGCUAAUCUCAGUGCGAAUAAUGAAUGGAUUGCAUAUACCAGUAUUACGCCCUUUGUAUAUGUUGCAAAAACAUCACAAGAUGAAGAUUUUCAGACAAUGCUAAAUUUUUCGAAUGCCCGACGAGAUGAUGAUUUCGGACUGUGGUCGGUUCGUUUUUCAAACGAUGGCAGAGAAUUGGUUGCUGGCAGUAGUAACAGAAAUAUAUAUGUGUAUGACAUAGUAGAAAAAAAAGUCAUACUUAAAAUUCAAGGACAUAGAGAUCAUGUCAAUGCUGUGUGUUUCGCAGAUGAGUCUUCGAAUAUACUUUAUAGUGGUAGUGACGAUUCAAUGAUCAAAGUAUGGGAUAGAAGAUCGAUGCAUGGUAAAAAACCGAGUGGAGUGUUGAUAGGGCAUCGAGAAGGGAUAACGUAUGUCUCGUCUAAGGGAGAUGGAAGAUAUUGCCUUUCAAAUUCAAAAGAUCAGACGAUGAAACUAUGGGAUAUAAGAAAAAUGAUGUCGAGCGAUAGAUUCGAUGGAUUAUCGGACGACGAUAAAGAUUAUCGGCUCGAAUGGGAUUAUCGGUUUAUGGAAUAUCCUGGUAAUAAAUAUGAUACACAUCCUCACGAUGUGUCGGUAAUGACUUAUCGGGGUCAUAGAGUCCUAAAAACAUUAAUACGUUGUUACUUUUCUCCGAUGUACAGCACCGGUCAAAGUUAUCUUUAUACUGGUUCGGAGGAUGGGAAUGUUCAUAUUUACGGUCUUGAUGGACGCAUUGUCCAAAAACUUGAUGUAGGCGUCGCCGUUUAUCCUAACACUCGAAUUCGGAGCUCGCACCGACCAGUAACAAGGGAUGUUAGUUGGCAUCCUUAUUUGCCAAUAUUAACCUCAACAAGUUGGUUGGGAACAGGUCAAAAUAUGGAGCAAUCAAACACCCGAGAAGAAUUAGUUUUAGUGCCGAUUGAAAUGCCAAAAGAUGCUGUAAAGGUUGGCGAAGCGCACGAAGAAGUGUUUUUACUGUACACAGAAGGUAAACCAGUGGAAUGGCAACAUAAUCGUGUGGUUGAGCAAAAAAAGGAAUGUGUAAAUGUCAUGCUCGAUGACACACAUACAAUAACAAUAUAUCAAUCACAAUCACUUUUAUCACUUCGUGGUAGCACUGGCUCAGUAUUAUGGGAUCCAAGCAUUUUACUCUCACGUCUCUUUCUUUCCCAAUACGCGCAAUCGUUCUUUAACUUUUCGACAGAUCACACGCAUAUUCUGGAACUAGGUGCUGGUUGUGGACUUGUAGGUAUCACUCUCGCACCCUUAGUAAAAUCAAUUACACUAACAGAUCAACAAAUGGUCCUACCGUUAUUAUGGAAAAAUGUGAAACGAAAUCUGGGCGAAGAUGUUGCAAGAAGUGGAAAGGUGAGUGUAGUAGAAUUAGUAUGGGCAAAAGGAAACAAAGAAAAUGGCGGAAUCGAUCGGGAUAUAAUGCGACAACGAUGGGAUUAUGUGGUCGUAUGUGAUUGUGUGUAUAAUGAAUUUAUUGUUGAUAUUUUGGUGGCUACGAUCGCGAGAUGUUGUCGUGCUGGUAGAGGAAAAUAUAAAUUCAAUUAUCAGGGAAAAGAUUUAGACACCUCUGAACAGGAAGAAGGGCAAAGAGUGAAAAGUACGAUUGCGAUUAUUGCUUUGGAGUUAAGAGCGGACACGGUGCAUUGGUUUUUCCUGGAAGAAUUGGUUAAACUAUUUUUUGUUUGGCGAUUGCCAGCACGAAUGUUAGAUCAAGAAUUUGAAAAAGGUUAUGUGGUUUAUUUGUGCUGGUUAAAAAAGGAAUACGAAGAAUAG